AUGCGUAUGUCGCUUUAUUUUGGAAUUUUAAAAUGUAGGGGAAAAGAUCUUUUUAAAAACAAUCGAUUUUUCUAUCGAUCAUCAAAGCAUUAUACAGACCCAAAUGACAUAGAAUUAAUAAAAGAAGUUAAAAGCUUUUCUCUUUUGAAUAAACCACUUUUCCCAGGUCUUUCUUAUGUACUUAAUUGUGACAAAAGUAUUGUCAAAAUAUUUGAAAAUUAUGAGAAAAAAAUAAGCAAAAAUAUAAAUACAAAAAUAAAUAAGAAUAAAAUAUAUGUAGGACUUUUUUUUAGUAGAAAAAUAGAAAAUGAAUAUACGUAUAAUUUGCUAAAUGAUGAUCAAUUUAGUGGCAAUUUUCCUUUAAAAGGAAAAGAAAGUAAAGUAGAGGAUAAUGCAAUUAUAAGAAAAGAUAUAGACUACAUAGACAAUUUAAGUGAUAUAUAUGAGUAUGGCUGUAUUGGGUGCAUUAGACACGUCCUGGAGGAUGAAACUAUGCCAAAUGAAGAGGCAUUAUCAAAAGAAGUGGUAGAAGUGGCAGAAAUAGCAGAAUCGGAGGAGGGGGUAGUCGCAGCACGUACUGCGAAUAAGAGGGGAUGCGCAGCUAGAAUUGGGAAAAACAGCGGUUGUGAGACAAGGCCGUGCCGCUACAGUGAUAGUGAUAGCACUGAAAGCACCGCGAAUCAUGUUCGUACAGAUGCCAGCUGGAAUAAGCACAAAAUCAUUAACGGGAUGAACUUAUCUCCCGUGAAUAAACUGGGUUGUGUGUGCAGAAUUGUGGUAGAGGUGCUAGAAAAGGUCAGAAUAAAAAAAUGGAAGGGUGACAAUGUGGCAGAAAUUGAUAUAGUAAAAAAUGAAAGAAGACUAGAGGAUAGGAACAACAAAAAGAUAAAAGUAUAUCAAAUGGAAAUAGUAGAUAAAAUAAAAGAAAUAAUAAAACUAAAUAGCGUAAAUAGUGCUGAAUAUAACGUAUUGUUAAAAUAUUAUAAUAUAAAAAAUGUACAUAAUUUAGUAAAUUAUGUAGGAAAUGUAACUAUAAACAAAAGGAGUGCCAUCCAAAGUAUGUUUGAGAAAAAUAAUUUAGAAGAUCAAUUAGAAAAAUGUAUACAAUUAUUAAACGAAGAUAUGUAUAUGUUAAAAAUGAAAAAGGAAUUAACGACAAUGUUAAAUGACAAAUUUGAAAGAGAAAAAAAAGAGAUAAUAUUAAAAGAACAUAUAGCCAAUUUGACCAAAAUGUUAGGACAAAAAUCAGAACAUGAAAUUAUAUGUGAAUCAUUUUUAAAUAAGUAUAAUUCGGUUAAACAUAUUCUAAGUGAUGAAGUGGCAACAUGUAUAUCACAUGAAAUUAAUAAAUUUUUAUUAUAUAACGAAAAAUGUAAUGAUUAUUCAUCAACUCAUCAAUAUUUGCACACAGUUUUAAACAUCCCCUAUGGUAAAUAUGCUCCAUUAAAUGUUGAUAUAAAUAAAUGUGAGAUGAUAUUACACAAAAGUCACUAUGGAUUAACAGAUGUUAAACGGUAUAUACUGGAAUAUUUAGGUUUAUAUAUAUUAAAUAAAAAUGUGAAGCCCAAAAUACUUUUAUUAGUUGGAUACCCAGGUAUAGGCAAAACUUCUAUAUGUAGUUCAAUUAGUACUUGUUUAAAUAUACCACAAUAUUUAAUAAACAUGAACAAUAUACAUAACAUGAAUGAUUUAAUUGGACAUAGAAAAACAUAUGUUAACAGCUAUGAAGGAAAAAUUGUCCACGCUCUCAUAUCUACAAAAGUUAUGAAUCCGUUAAUAAUUUUAGACGAAUUCGAUAAAAUAUCUUUUACGAAUGCAAGUAUUUAUAAUACCUUUCUGAACAUUUUUGACAUGAAUCAAAAUAAAUUUUUCAGAGAUCAAUAUAUAAACAUUCCUUUAGACAUUUCGAACGUUUUCUUUAUCUGUACAGCCAAUUCAGUUGAUAAUAUUCCGGAUGUAUUGUUAGAUAGAAUGGAAAUAAUUUAUAUAUAUCCUUAUACUAAUAUAGAGAAAGUCCAUAUUUUUAAAUAUUAUUUAAAAAAAACAAUACAAGUACAAACAAGCAUUACUAGUGUACAUCUUGACCUGUCUGAUGAUCUUUUAUUGUAUAUUAUUCAAAAUUAUACUAAUGAAAAUGGUAUCAGACAAUUAUAUAGUAUCCUAUAUAAUAUAUAUAAAAGAAGAGCAUAUAUGCUAUUAAAGGGAGUUACUAAAAAGAUACAAUUACAUAUGAAAAAUCUGAACAUUUUGAAUUAUUUUAUAAGUUUAGAAAAUAUCAGGACAAAAAAGAACAUACAUAAGUUUCCAUGCUUUGAAGGAACAGUAAAGUCGCUGGCAUUUACAGACUCUGGGGGGCAAAUAGUAACCAUAGAAGUAACAAGUUUAACCAAUAAAACUUUAUCAAAUAAUGCAUCAGAUAGUGUGUAUUCUACUAACCAACUAGGGUUAAUAAGACAUGGUACAUUUAGAAAUGAAACCAGUUCGCUGUACUACAAAAGGGAUAAUCUAAAUACUGAUGGGGGUAUGGUCAAUAAUAUGCAUAGUAGAAUCGGAAAUUCCCCCUACAUUAAUAAGGUCAAUAUGUUUUCGGAUAAAUACAAUUCUGUAGAAUGCAUAAGCAAUGCGAACCACUACGGAGAAGGAGGUGGACGUAGCAUUUACGGAAGCUACAGUCACAACAACGAUGAUGAUGAAAAUUUCAACAUAGUAAGGGAAGAGAACAAUGAGCAUAGUACGCAUAUAAGUGGGAGCUAUUUGGAUAAUAGGGUGGGAAACAAGACGGUUGAUUUGAUCGACUAUAGGAUGGUUGAUGAGACCGACUACAGGGCGGGUGACAGACAGAUCUGCAGGGAGCAGCAUAAAAAGCGAAAUUCAUACAUGAAAAACGGAGGGAACCAGAGAAGGAACAAUUCAAAUUGUAAUAUCAUUAUAACUGGAAAUGUGGGUAAGAUAAUGCAAGAAAGUAUAAUAAUAGCAAAUACGUAUAGUUCUAAUUUAUUAAAUAAAAUACUUCCACAUUUUGAAAAAGAAUAUUUACAUAUAAAUUUAAGUGAAUGUGAUAUAAAGAAAGAUGGACCAAGUGCAGGUAUAAAUUUCGUAACCUCCAUAUUAUCCUAUUAUCUAAAAAUUGUAGUGGAUAAUUCUAUAUGUAUGACUGGUGAAAUCAACUUAAAUGGUAGUAUUUUAAAAAUAGGAGGGUUAAUGGAAAAAAUUAUACUAGCUAAAAAUUUUGGUAUACGUACAUUAAUAAUACCGACAGAUAAUGCCCAAGAAUGUGAACUAUUACCACAAUACAUAAAAGAAAAUAUACGUAUAUUAUAUGUUUAUCACUACCAUCAAAUUUUUAACCUUCUUUUUAACAAGUAUGAGAGGUGUGACCCCUGGGUGUAUCCCCAUAAGUUGGUCCGUUGA